AUAGCGGGAACUGAUGGCCAAUCACAUGACCAGCUAGGUGUACGUCUAGUACUUAUUCUAGAGCUCAGAAACGGGCUCGGCUCGUCUGACGCAGUUCGUUUCCAGCCGGUUAGUUUUCCAGGCGCGUUCGACGAGUUCAUCAGCAAAAUGUCGAAAGACGUCCCACGCGAGCCCGAGCAGCUCCGCAAGCUGUUUAUUGGAGGACUGAGCUUCGAGACGACAGACGAAAGCCUGCGAGCCCAUUUUGAGCAAUGGGGCAGCCUUACAGAUUGUGUGGUGAUGAGGGACCCAAAUAGCAAAAGGUCCAGGGGCUUUGGCUUUGUAACAUACUCAUCAGUGCAGGAAGUUGAUGCUGCCAUGUCUGCUCGUCCACACAAGGUUGAUGGAAGAGUUGUAGAGCCUAAACGAGCUGUUUCCAGAGAGGACUCUAACCGCCCGGGCGCCCACAUCACAGUCAAAAAGAUCUUUGUUGGUGGGAUUAAGGAAGACACAGAAGAGUCACACUUGCGAGAUUACUUCCAGCAGUUUGGCAAAAUUGAGGUCAUUGACAUUAUGACUGAUCGUAAUACUGGAAAAAAGAGGGGCUUUGCCUUUGUCACCUUUGAUGACCAUGACUCAGUCGACAGGAUUGUCAUUCAGAAAUACCAUACAAUCAACUCCCACAAUUGUGAAGUGAGAAAGGCCCUCACAAGACAGGAAAUGCAGAGUGCAGGAAUGGGUAUGAGAGGAGGUCCCGAAGGCCGUAGCGGAGGGGGAAGACCCUACGACUAUGACAGAGGAUUUAAUCAGGGUGGCAGGGGCCGCUAUGGAGAUGGCCCGUACAAUUGCAAUGGCGGUGAUGGUGGCUAUGGCGGUGGCCCUGGAGGUCCCAGUGGUCCUGGUGGAUAUAAUGGUGGUAAUCGUGGUUAUAACCAGGGUUACAACCAGGGUGGAGGUGGAGGCUAUGGAGGAAACGGUUAUGACAGCAAUGGUUAUGGUAACUGUGGAGGAGGCGGUGGAAGCAAUUACAAUAACAUGGGCCACUAUGAUCCCCAAGCCUCCAACUUUGGCCCAAUGAAGAAUAACUUUGGUGGAGGCGGUGGUGGUGGCAGGAACUUUGGUGGUUAUGGAGGUGGUUCAAACAACGGUGGAUAUGGCCGUCCAGGACGAUUUUAAAACCGGACUGAGUACUUAGGAGAGGGGAGCGAGGAGAGCAAGCGAAGUGACAGGGCAGCUGCAGGUUUACCUCCUAAAUCUGCUCAGCCAAACAGUUGUGGCAGGUUACAGCUGCUGCAAGAAGAGAUGUACAUUAGAUAAAUCAUGGAGGGUCUUCAUUUAAACGUGUCUUUUUGGUUUUUUUCAUUGACGUGUAUUUGGAAAGCAACCAUUCCAAUGAGGUUUUAUGUAGAUUUUUGUUCAGUGGUUUUUAUUUGUAACUUCGUCAAAUCAAGCUGAAAUAAAUGAUCUUUCAGUUUUUUAAAAAUCUUGUUAGCCUCUUUAGUGAUUUGGGAAAGGGAGGGUUUGAGGUGUUGCAACAGUGGGAAUGAAGGCCAUAUUGUGAACAUGCAGUAAGGACAACCCCGCUUCCCACUACGUUGUCACUGCAUUACGGUUUGAGCAGUAAGAGGUGAGGUCAUCCUAAAGAGCCCGUCACACCUGAGUUCGGCAAACAUCUUCUGGAGGAUGCUAGCUUACAUGCAAAGUCUUUGAGGCUAGCCAUGGAAGCCAGCUGAGGGAGAGAAGUAGCAAAACCAUCGCCAGGAUCAUUGAAGCAGGGGAGAGUGAGAACAGAGGCCUGAGGCUAGCAGGCAGCAGCUACCGAAAGGCUUAAGUGCUGUCUGUAGGUAAGACCAGACUUCUCAACUACUGAUAGAAUGAAUAUCUUUUUGCCAUGUAGCUGAUAGUGGGCUGUGCAGCCCUACAUGUAACUCUUCUAUGCAAGCACAUUUGGACUUGCAUUUGACUGGUAAAUUGGCCUCUUAAAUGUGCACAGGUCUCAUAUUGCAUGCUGUUAAAAUGAAGUCACCCUAGAGGUUUCCAUUGUACUCAUUUGCCUUUGCUUUAUAGGGGUUUCUACGCAGGAUCUCAAACCUGGCUUCAUUUCUGUGACAAUGGCUAAAUCAGGCUUGAGCAUCCAUAAAGGUGCUGAAGAUUUUAAUGGAAGACUGCUGUGCAGUUUUUGUAAACGUUUUUUUAAUAAAGAAUUUUUACACGACAA